GUGAAAUACUGUAAACUAAGUUUGUUGCUUAGUUCCCAGUAAAGUCGGAAUAAUGUUUGAGGCACGUCUAGGCAGCACAACGCUGCUAAAAAAGAUUGUUGAUGCACUUCGAGAGAUUCUCAGUCAGAGCACAUUGGACUGCAGCGACUCUGGGAUUCAAUUGCAAGCAAUGGAUAAUUCACAUGUUUCGCUCGUAUCAAUGUUGCUACAAAAUGAUUGCUUUGAGAAGUAUCGCUGUGAUCGCAAUAUCUCCUUGGGUCUGGAUCUUAAAUCUCUAUCGAAGGUUCUAAAAUGCGCCAGUGGAGACGAUGCUGUCACUAUCAGUGCCCCAGACAAAGCGGAUAAAGUGCAGCUAAGCUUUGAGUCAGCUGGCAAGGAACGCACUGCUGAUUACGAACUGCGUCUCUUGAACUUGGAUCAAGAACAUCUCGGCAUUCCAGAAACGGAUUACUCUUGUGUUGUCAUCAUGCCCGCAAUUGAAUUUGCCCGCAUCUGCCGGGAUAUGACCAGCUUCAGCGAAUCCGUAGUCAUCGCCUGCUCUAAGGAUGGCAUCAAAUUCUCGGCCAGCGGCGAAAUGGGUUCGGCAAAUAUUAAAUUAUCGCAGACGUCCAAGGGGGAUGUUGAUCUCACUGUCGAGGAGCCAGUUACGCUUUCAUUUGCCGGACGUUAUUUAUCAACUUUUACGCGGGCAACGCCGCUGUCGGAGAAGGUGAAGAUUGGCAUGGCGGCCGAUGUUCCGCUUUUGGUGGAGUAUCCCAUUGAGGACUAUGGAUAUAUUCGAUAUUAUUUGGCUCCCAAGGUGGAUGAUCCGGAUGCUUAAGUGCAAUAUAUUUUAACCCGAGUGCAAUAUUAUUUUGUAAUUUUUAUUUUGUUAAACUAUUUCUAGAUUUACUAUGAUCCGAAAAUAUAUUGAUUACAAUUUUAAAA